CUGGGUAAGAACUGAAGCCUGCAAACAUGUUCGACCAAAAUCGUUUAACGAUUAAAUAAAACAGUACAACGAAAAGGCCUGCUAGCGUGCACGCUACUUCCUUACAAGUGCGAGUUCAACUUCUGUGUUCCUGAAGUGCGACAGUCAAUUGACUUGAACGUUCAAAAAAAUAUGUGGUCGAGAAUCUGAAACAUGAUUUGCUUCAUCAUCUCCCACUGUGUCGGCGGCAGACGGUUCUAAUUCUCGAAUGACCUAAAAUGUCGCUAAUGUGAACCGCGUACAACUAACUUCCCUGUAGGCUGCUCAUUAAAGUAGCUUUUCCACCACAUGGUACCGACUACUCGACUUUUCUGGUUUUCCAUCGGGCAAAAGUUGUGGAUAGUCAGGGUUCCCACUGGAAAACCUUGAAAACUUGUAAAUGUAUAGACUAGUUUUCCAGUCAGGGAAAACACCUGGAAAAUGAGAAUUUACAAAAUGUCGUGGCAAUGUUUGUGAGGUCCUGGAAAAUUGUAGGCUAGGCCAUUAGUCAAGCUGUAUAUAGAGCAGAGAUUGCAUAUUUUUUAGUAUUUUUUUCUGUAUUUUUCUACGGUUUUCUCAUUUUUAUUAGCUGCUGAGAUUACACGGCAGCACAGUUUUGAAUGGUUAUGGUACUUGCACAUUGCCCCCCUCCUCCCGGUCCACCACCGGCUUUGGGUUACCAUUGUGCAUGUUUCAUAUCUGUAAGUCAUGGAAAUUGUCCUUAAAGUCCUGGAAAAUUAUUUCCUAAAAUGAGUGGAACCCUGAUAGUACCUGGUAUCUGGUACUUUUUUUUUGUAUCACCUCCGUUGAGGUUCUAAGCGAGCUGAAGCGAUACCAAAAGGUGACGUGAAAACACUGCAGACCACUGAUUGGUCAGAGAGAAUCGUCACCAGAAUCAUCACUGCUUCAUUGCGUCAUCAUUGCGCGACACGGGGACAUCCUGAAUAAACCCGCCAUUUUUAAAUAGCCAAGCUACUAUUAUUUAUUUGUUUAUUAAAUUUACUCACUGGACUGAAAGAUUAAAUGGCAGCCCGCAGAAACACGCCGUGGUCAAUUGAGGAGGUGCAGACGUUCCUCUCUUUGGUUGCCGACGAAAGGAUCCAGCGAGAGCUGGAAGGACCAACGCGUAACGAUAAGGUCUACAAAGAAGUCUCUGAACUGUUGGCCGCACAGGGCUACCGAAAGACACCCCAACAGUGUAGGGAAAAGUUAAAAAAACUUAAAAGUUAUUACAGAUCUGUCAAGGACCAUAACGGCCGGAGUGGUUCGUACAAUAAGAGUUGGAAGUGGUUCGGUAAAAUGGACGCUAUAUAUGGCCAUAAACCGGCGAGCAAUGGGAGGGAGGGCAGCCUCGACUCGCCCACGCCUUCGUUGGAGCCCCCGAUGGAGGAUGAUUACGUUUCGAUAAGCGAGGAGGGUUCAGUGACCCCCGAUGAAGCCCCGUUGGAACUGGCAGCAGCGUCGACACCGGCACCAGAAGCAGCACCACCGACGCCGGCAGCCUCCAGCGCCAACAUGACGCCGCAGCGUGUAUUCACAGGCAAGAGGAAACGGCAACGGGAACGGGAACAGGAGCAUGUGACUGUCCUGAGGGAGAUGCUGGCGGCAGAUGUGGAGCAGCAGGAGCUGACCCGGGCACAGCGAGAGCGCCACCACCAGAUGGCCCUCGAGGACGCGGUGCGGGCGAGGGAGCAGGACGCGGCCUUGAGGAGGGAGGAGAACGCUCAAACCGCAGCUUUUAAUCAGGCCUUCCUCAGUACGCUGAGCCAGCUUGUGCAGGCGUUGAGUGACCGGCGUGACCCGGUUCCUCCGCCCCUGGACUAGACCGGGUUCCUCCACCCCCGGACUAGACCCAUUUCCUCCGCCCCUGGACUAG